GCGCGGAGCUCAUGACACACAUAACCACUGUACUGGGCAGCUGUAGAUAUAUUACAUGUGUAUGUCGUGAUAAAAAGACAUGCUGAGUUUCAUAUAGUCACGCCGAUGUUAUUAUUCGACUUUACAAAAACACGAACUAAACCGAACAAACGUUGAGAAAUAAUGUACUGUUACGCUUACAUUGUUAGCUACCUCUGGCUAAUAUUUUGGUAGAAAAGCCGCGGGGAUCACCGGCUAACUUCAGCUGUUAGACAAAACAAAACAAAACAAAACAUAACCGUAGUUACAAGCAGACUGAUGUUAGGUAACUUGCUUAAUCUAUAAACACUUGGUCUGUUAUUUACUAGCUUAAUUAGCUUGUUUAUAACGUUACUGGCACAUUUAACGGUACGGUGUUGCAUAAAUUUGAACGAGCCGGAGUUUUCUGUUGCAUGGUUUUAACCGGUUACGUGCUGAACUCGCUGUGUGUCCACAUGCCAUCGGAAGCAGUGCGUCUGGGUCGGAAGCGGCCUGUGCCCGCCUGCCCCAACCCGCUCUUCCUGCAGUGGCUCACUGAGAUGCGCGAUCACGCCAAAGAGAAAGGCCUCAAGACCCAGUACGUCUAUCAGAAGGCUAUAAAUUCUUUAAAAAAGUAUCCGCUGCCACUGAAAAACGGUAAAGAGGCCAAAAUCCUGCAGAACUUUGGGGACGGAAUCUGUAAGAUCCUGGACGAGAGGCUUGAGAGACAUUACCGAGAAAACGGUGCCAAUGCUCCUGUCCACUGCCUCCCACGUAGUGCUGAACCCUGCAGCAACAACCUGCCUUCCACCAAACCAUCAUCACACUUUCCUAACUUUCCUGCUACAAAGGGUGGAAGAAAUAUGAGCAAGGCUGAGGGUGAUGCAGGACAGAAGAAGGGAGGAAAGAAGAAGAGGGAGUAUGUGCCCCAGAAGAGAUCAGGAGCCUAUGCUGUUCUUCUUACAUUGUACAGACAUUCACAGAUACCUAGCAGUAAAGGUUUCAUGUUUAAAAAUGAACUGCAGACUGAGGCGCAGUCCCUCUGUGACAAAUCCUUCACUGUACCUGAUCUAGGUAGUAAAUACACUGCGUGGUCUUCAGUAAGCACCCUCAUUCAGAAAAACCUGCUUCUGAAGACACACAACCCUGCCAGGUACUCCUUGACAGAGCUUGGUCUGGCUCUGGCAGAAAGACUGGAGUCUGGAGAGAGAGGGGGAGAUGAUGGACAAGAAGAGGAGGAGGAGAAGAGUGAGGCUGAGGACUCAGAGGAUGGACCAGUUACCGUAGACCUGACUCAGGAUGAAGACAAAGAAGAACAUGAAGGUGAAGACAGCUGCAUCCCAAGAGAUGGGUCUAGAACAGCAGUCUCAGUAACACAUGCAGGGAGUGCUGCACCUGACUCUGAUCUCUCAGAAAAGUGUCACAGCUCAGAGACAGGGAGAGCCGCAUAUCUUCUCCCUGGAUCCUAUGACAUUGUGUUGUGUGUUGACUUUAUUGAGACCACUGGAGGAAACACGGCACGCAAACAAGAAUUGGUCAAGGAGCUACAGAGAAACGGUGUGACCUUUGACAUCAGGAAACUAAAUGUGGGAGACUUCCUAUGGGUUGCUCGUGAGAAAGUAGCACCUGUGCCUGGUCAGUUGCGUCCACCUGUGGCAAAAGAGCUGGUCCUUGAUUACAUCAUUGAGAGGAAGCGGAUAGAUGAUCUGUGUGGAAGUAUAAUGGAUGGGCGUUUCAGAGAACAGAAGUUCCGUCUGAAGAGGUGUGGUCUGCAUAAGCCCAUCUACCUGGUGGAGCAGUGUGGUUCAGCAGCAGCACACCUCAGUCUACCAGAGAGCACUUUGCAACAAGCUAUAGUUAAUACACAGGUGGUAGAUAACUUCUUUGUGAAGAGAGUUCAGGAUGUUAAGGAAUCAGCUGCCUACCUCACAGUCAUGACCAGAUAUCUGCAGAAACUUUAUCAGAAUCGGACAUUGUACUACCGAUCUAGAGAAUUGGAAGGAGAUGGAGAGUGUGACGUGGAGAAUGGAGGCAGGGAAAGGGAAAACCCCCGCUGCUCGCUUAUCUCUUUCACAGAGUUCAACUAUGGAGCUUUGAAAAACAAGUGUCAGACAGUUAGAGAGGUUUUUGCCCGACAGCUGAUGCAGAUCAGUGGAAUCUCUGGUGACAAAGCAGCUGCCAUAUUGGAGCACUACAGUACAGUAUGCAGUUUAUUGAAUGCAUACAACCAGUGUUUCACUGAGGCAGAGAAAGAAAAGCUCCUCUCAUCCAUCAAAUAUGGCAAACUUAAAAGAAAUAUUGGGCCAGCUCUUAGCCGGACUGUAUACCAGCUUUACUGUACAGAUGGACCGCUGUCAUGACCACACACUGUAUUCUUUAUCAUACUUCAUCAAACUGCAAUGCAAUGCAGUAUGCUGUUUAUUCCCUAACCUAUUUUAGAGGAAAAUAUUUGAGUCAAAUAAAGAUUUACAUUUUGUAUAGCCUAUAUCAUUGUAUUACUGGGGAUGAAAAAUGAAAAUGGCUUGGGUAAAGUAAUAGGGAGUACAGUGACUGCAUUUUGCUGCUUCACAUUGUUGUCUAUUUUCAUUAUAUUUGCACUUUUUUUGUUUACCCAUGACAUUACGUAAAAACUUGCUUAGUGGAGAUGCACUUACUCUCUGAAGCACAGAGUGUUGGAGAUUAAAAACAGUUCUGGCAUUAGCCGAGCAGGUGCAUUGUGAGGAAAUCAUGGUCGCACUGAGUAAAGGCUAGACAGGUAGAUGACGUCAGUGCGUACAGAAGGAUAUAAUUUAUAGGAAAGUCUCCAUGGCUACGUCCCAAACCACCUACUAUUGUAUUAAUUAGUAUGUCAGAAUAUCUUACCGGUGAUACCCUCUUUAGUAGGGUAUAGUAUGUGGGUUUGGACGUAGCCCAUGUGUAUCUAUUGUUCCUCUAUAGGCCAGGAGAGCGGAGGGAGACCUCUGAUGACGUGCUCAAGGAGAACAGCAUCAUACAAAAAAAAAAAAAAAAAAAAAAAAGAGCAAAAGAAAAAAAUAA